ACAACAUGCAAUAAAAACAAUCGUGUGGCAAAGAAAAGCAAACAAAUGCUAUUAAUUUAGGUUUAAGCGUAAACGCAGCAUUGUCGCCAACAAUAAAAACAACAGCAAACAGCGCCAGCAUAAAAUUAAAGCCCAUGACUGCUGGAGCUGCUGCUGAGUGCAAAGUUUUGACACGCUCUCCCUUGCUCAUUGUGCUUCGCUCGCUCUCUCUCGUUAUCUCUCGCUCGCUCGCGCGCGCUUUGACGUGUAAUUUCCCUACAAUUAGCGCCUUCCUCUCCGUCCCCUGAAGCACAGCACAGUCAACUUGGGGCGACAGCGACGUCAGCAGCGACUGCGACAGUGGGGCACAGAGCACACACAAAUACACAUAUACAGACGCAGGCAAACACACGGCUUAAGGCCAAACAACGCAGCAAAUUUUCAAACAGUACAUUUUCUGAAGCUGAGCCGAGCCGAGUGGACAACAACUGGUGCUGCGGCAACGGCGACAAACAACGCAUAUUCCAGACUCGAUAACCGACCAAAACGGACGUACACCGGACCGCCGCCGCGGACACAGGAGAGGCAUCGACGAUCAGUUGAGAUUAGACCAAUUGGCCAAGCAGUGUUAACUGGCGCACUCCAGUUGUUGGUGGAAGCAUAACAACAACAAGAACGAAAUGCAGCCAAUUGUGACAUUGUUGCUGCUGGCUUUGCUUGCCGUAUUAAGCAGUCAAAGCGCAGGCUAUGUCAUUAAGGAGGAUGAAAGUUUCCUGCAGGUGCCGCACUACAGCAGCCAAGAGGAGCUGGAGGAUAUGUUUGCCCGCAUGGAGAAAGCGUAUCCGGAGCAGGUUCGCGUACACAACAUUGGACGCUCGCUGCAGGGACGAGAUCUUCUGGUACUGCAAAUCUCACGCAGCAUUAGGGAACGACCGCUGCUAACGCCGCCCGUGAAAUAUAUUGCCAAUAUGCAUGGUGAUGAGACAGUGGGACGACAGCUGCUUGUCUAUUUGGCGCAGUAUCUGUUGGGCAACUAUGAGCGCAACCUGGAGGUGGCCCAGCUGGUUAACAGCACGGAUAUAUAUCUAAUGCCCACCAUGAAUCCCGAUGGAUUCUCCAUAUCUCAGGAGGGCAGCUGCGAGUCGCUGCCAAACUAUGUGGGGCGUGGCAAUGCAGCGGGCGUGGACUUAAAUCGUGAUUUCCCCGAUCGCUUGGAGCAAUCGCAUGUCAAUCAGCUGCGCGCGCAGUCGCGUCAGCCGGAGACAGCCGCGCUAGUUGAAUGGAUAGUGAGCAAGCCAUUUGUGCUGUCAGCCAAUUUCCAUGGCGGCGCUGUUGUGACCAGCUAUCCCUAUGACAAUUCCAUUGCGCACAACGAUUGCUGCGAGGAGAGCCUUACGCCCGACGAUCGUGUCUUCAAGCAGCUCGCCCACAGCUAUGCGGACAAUCAUGCAAUCAUGCGUGGUGGCAACAACUGCAAUGACAGCUUUGCUGGCGGCAUAACCAAUGGCGCCAACUGGUACGAACUCUCCGGUGGCAUGCAGGACUUUAACUAUGCCUUUACCAACUGCUUGGAGUUAACCAUUGAGUUAUCCUGCUGCAAAUAUCCUGCCGCAAGUAGUCUGCCUAUUGAGUGGGCAAACAACAAGCGUCCACUGCUGGAGCUCUUGAAGCAGGCGCAUAUUGGCAUCAAGGGUCUGGUGCACGAUGCCAGCGGCUUUCCCAUUGCCGACGCCAACGUUGUCGUUUCCGGACUCGAGGACAAGCCCAUGCGCACCUCCAAGCGCGGUGAAUACUGGCGCCUGCUCACGCCCGGCAUCUAUAGCGUGCAGGCCACGGCCUUUGGUUAUGAGCCAAGUCAAGCGCAGAAGCUACACGUGACAAAUGAGAAUGCGGAGGCGCUGCGCGUGGACUUCAAGCUUUUGCCGCUGGAGGCAAGCUUUGGUGGCAAUUACCGCAAAUUGAAAGUGGAGCGCGCGGAGCCGGCAGAGCACCUCAAGGAGUUGUAUGAAGGCUUCCUGACGCCCACGAAGUUCGAGCAUCAUAACUACGAGUCCAUGCAGAGCUAUCUGCGCAAUCUGAGCGCCAGUUAUCCCACACUGACGCGUGUCUAUAGCAUUGGCAAGAGCGUGCAGGGCCGCGAUCUGUGGGUAAUGGAGAUCGCCAGUGCCCCAGGCGUGCAUGUGCCGGGCGUGCCGGAGUUUAAGUACGUGGCCAAUAUGCAUGGCAAUGAGGUUGUGGGCAAGGAGAUGCUGCUGCUGCUGAGCAAAUAUAUGCUGGAGCGCUAUGGCAACGAUGAGCGCAUCACACGGCUGGUGAACAGCACUAGGAUGCACUUCCUCUAUAGCAUGAAUCCGGAUGGCUAUGAAGCAUCCCAUGAGGGCGACCGUGCCGGCGGCAAAGGACGCUCAAAUGCGAACGACGUGGAUCUGAAUCGCAAUUUUCCGGAUCAAUACGGUACGGACAAGUUUAAUAGAGUCACGGAGCCCGAGGUGGCCGCUCUUAUGAACUGGACGCUAUCGCUGCCAUUUGUGCUGUCCGCCAAUUUGCAUGGCGGCUCACUGGUGGCCAACUAUCCCUACGAUGACAACGAGAAUGACUUCAAUGAUCCGUUUGCGCGUUUGCGUGAUGCCAGCAUUAGUGGACGCAAGAUGAAUCCCACCGAGGAUAACGCACUGUUCCGGCAUCUGGCCUUGGUGUACUCGCGUGCCCAUCCCAGCAUGCAUCUGGGCAAGCCUUGUGAGCUCUUCAAGAACGAGCUGUUCCACGAAGGCAUCACCAAUGGCGCCCAGUGGUACAGCGUCACGGGCGGCAUGCAGGAUUGGAAUUAUGUGCGCGCUGGCUGCUUGGAGAUCACCAUCGAAAUGGGCUGCGACAAGUUUCCGCUGGCCAAGGAUCUGCCGCAGUAUUGGCGCGACAAUCGCGAGCCAAUGCUGCAGUUCAUUGAGCAAGUGCAUCAUGGCGUGCAUGGCUUUGUGCGCAGCUCCAUUGGCACGCCCAUUGCGGGCGCCGUAGUGGGCAUGGAUGGUGGCAAUCACUCCAGCUACAGCGGCACCUUUGGCGACUACUACAAACUGGCGCUGCCCGGCCGCCACAACAUUACCGUGCUGGCCGACGGCUAUGCGCCGCUGCGCGUCGAGGUCGAGGUGCCCAGCGUCGAGCCCUUUGGCAUGCGCCUGGACGUCACUGUCAUGCGCGACGAUCCGCAGCAUUGGGCGUCGGCGAACGACUUCCGCAUCAUUGAGAAUGUGGUGAACACACGCUACCACACCAAUGCCGAGGUCAGAGGUCGUCUGGCAGAGCUGGAGAACCAGAAUGCAGAGAUUGCCAGCUUCGGCUAUGCGGACAACGAGUUUAGUCGCCACUUCAACUACCUCAAGCUCACGUCCAAUAUUGCUGAACCGGAGGAGCACAAGUUCAAGUUGCUGGUGGUUAGCUCGCUGUUCGAUACGGCCGUGCCGCUCUCGCGUGAAAUAAUGUUGAACUUGGUGCGGCAUCUCAUCGAGGGCUACAAGCUGCAGGAUGCGACUGUGGUGCAGCUGCUCAAGCAUAGCGUCAUCUACUUUCUGCCCCAAGAGCAGCAGUUCGCCCAGGUCUUUAACAUGUACAAUGCCAACAAUUCCAUCUGCGAUCCCGUGCUGCCCGAUGAGCUGGCCGAUCGUCUGCUCAGUCCCGAAACGGAAUCCUCACGCGAUCUCUUCCUCGAGUUCUUGCGCAGCGAACGCUUCGAUCUAAUGCUAACCUUGAGCGCCGGCAGCUCAGACGUUAACUAUCCCAAGGGCGACGCUAUUCUGGAGAAGUUUGCGCUCAGCAUACAGCGCACCGAGUUCAACUAUUCGCCGCUGCAGUGCAGCAGCUCCACCACCAGGGAGCUGCAUCGCGAGUCCACGGACCGAGUGACCAAUAUGCUCUACAAGCUCUACAAACUGCCCAUGUAUACGCUGGGCUUGUCCUGCUGCCGCAUGCCGGCCCAGGCGCGCAUUGCCAGCGUCUGGCGCACCAACAUUGAGAAGGUCAAGAACUUCUUUGCGCUGGUGCAGACCGGCGUGACGGGCUUCGUGCAGAGUGAUCAGGGCCAGCCGUUGCGUGAGGCGUAUGUGCGUCUGCUGGAGCAUCCGUUUGUCUACAAUGUGACGCGCAAUGCGGCGCGGUUCCAGCUGAUGCUGCCCAAGGGGCUCUAUGGCAUGGAGAUUAGCGCGCCCAACUACGAAUCGCAGAUGCUCAAGGUGCAAGUGCGUCAAGGACAAAUCAAGGACAUGGGCACCAUACGACUGCACGCCUUUAAGCUCAUACGCGGCGAGGUGACCGAGUAUAAUCACAGACCCAGCAGCUCUGGGCCCACCACUAGCAUCGCUGGCAUUGUGAUGGACGAGAGCAAUCAUCCCAUACGCAAUGCCAAGGUCUCGGUGCUGCUGCCGGCAAACUCCAAGCAUCUGCGCAACUUCACCAACAGCAUGGGCGAAUACCGCUUGGCUGCCGUGCCGUUGGGCAGUGUGACGCUCAAAGUGGAGGCACCGCGUCAUUUCGAGACGACACGCGAGCUGCAACUGCCCCUGGCUGGGCAACUCACCGAGAAUGUCGUGUUCCAUUUAAAAUUCAAUGCCCAGGUGUUUGGUCUGCCGCGUUUCCUCUUCAUCAUCGUUGCCAGCGUGCUCAUUAUUGUGGGCGUGGUCAUUUGUGUGCUGUGCGCACAAUUCUGGUUCUAUAGACGCCACCGUGGACGCAUGCCCUAUUAUAACUUCUCGCUCUUGCCGCAAAAGGGCAAGGAGCAGUUUGAGCUGGACGACGAUGCUGGCGAUGAUGGCGAAACCGAACUAUUUCGUUCGCCCAUCAAACGUGGAAUGACUAUACAGCCUUACUUUGAUGAGGAUCAGCUGGAGCACAUCUUGCACACAGAUGACGAUGAGGACGAUGAGGUGGAGGCUGCGCACUCGCCAGAGCUGGAGGAUAUUGAUGACAGCGGCGAUGAGAUUGUCAUGUUGCAUAGUCACAAUCGACGUCAGCGUUAGAGAGAACACAACACAAACCAACAACAACAACAACAACAACACACAACAACAUAACUGUGAUUCAAACGUUUUUCAAAAACCAAGCGCUCCCUCUUCUAAUUGUAUAAUGCUUUUAAUCCUUAAUAUUAAUAACUUUUUGUAAUUUAUUAACAAACUUUGCUAUUAUUUUGUUGUGUUUAUUGCAAUGUAUGGUGCGCAUCUUUGUACACGCAACACGAGCUUUAUAUACCCUAUAUACAUAUACAUAUAUAUUAUAUAUAUUUCAAAUAGUAAAUUCAAACUCUUAUGAUGUAUGAUUAUGAUGUUGUGGCGAAUCUCUGGAAACUAAACACUUUUAAUUUAAAUAAUUUUUUUUAAACUUAUGUACAUAUGUACGUUGUAAUUACGUUUAAGACUGAGCCUAUUUAACUAAAACUAAACGCUGGACAAACUGCAAAAAAGCAUUAACAAUAGCAAUAUUCUAACAAAAUAGAAACAAGAAACAGACUCUAGGCACAUUCCAUGUCAAGCAAGUGGUAAUUGGCAAAAACAAGCUUUAAUAUAAAUAUGUAUAUAUAUACAUACAACUUCGUAUGUUUGUCCAUUUUCGAACCGGCUUUUAUUUGUAUAAAUUAUUAAGUACAUAUGUUUGUAUGUCUAAUUAAAAGUUAACACAAAUGUUUCAAAUUGCACCUUAUGAAGCUUAUACAUACAUACAUACAUUCGAACUAGCCUUAGUAAUGCACGAUUUUAAAUCUAUAUAUACCAAUAUACAUAUAUAUACAAUAUUUGAAAAGGUGCAGUAUUUAUUUAUAUGAAUG